GAAAUAAGGAUUUCGAUAAAGAAGGUCUCUAUUAGUUAUUUAGAUUCGAUUUUUGUUUAGAGGUAAAAUAAACCAACCAAAUGCUCAGAUUUUUUAUUUAUUGAGAUUUUACCAACUCUUUGCCUUUUAAUUAUUUAACUUCGUGUUUCUGUUUGCAGCUACUAUUCCUGAUGUGCCAUUUCCAACUCCAUAUCCAACCUGUGAAAGGCUCCCAGCAAACGUGGACUUCCCCCAUCCCACUGACACAUGCAAAAUCUGCAAAUGCAUAAAGAAAUUCAGCGAAUCGAAAAUUAGUUGUGUGGCUAUUGCUGGAUGUGUGACCCAACGCCCGUCAACGCUAUCACCGGUUCCAGAGCUUCCCAGAGUGACGUCCACCAUCGCUGACAGUGUGCCUACGAGUCGGCCAUCUGUAAACACUCCCAUGGCCACAGGACCGAUGCCUGCCGUGCCAACCUCAUUAGCCCCUGGGCCGCUACCUGGUCCAAAGCCCCAUGAAUCCUGCCAUCCUUUCACCCCCAAGCAAAUGUUCCAGCAUCCUUGGGACGAAUGUUUGAUGUGCGUUUGCACUGAAGAGAUCACGGUCGGCCACGUCACCAUAGAAGUCAACUGUUACACUAAGAAAUCUUGCUGUUAUGAUGGGCAAGCGUCUACGGGUUACAUAUCAGUACACACGUCUCCAAAUAAAGCAGAAGAACAAACAUCACAACUCAACUCACUAUCCUUGCGCCAUCCAACUGCUUUAGAAUUUCAAGGUUCGGAAGGAAGCCUUAUGAUCCCAUCUAGUAGCCAGAGCAUUGAAACACAACCAUUAUAUACUGAAGAUCAGAAAUCGAAUGUUCUACAGUACAAGCCUGAAGUAUCUCAAUAUGAUCACAGACCUGGGACUGGACUGGCAAAUAAUUACCCAAAAAAUAUUUACCGAGGUGACGCGCCAGGUCAGAGUCAAUAUUUGAGUUACGGUGACACCCCAUCAGCUUUGACUAAGGAAGAGACUUUAGCGGAAAUUAUCUACGGAAGUCAGGCACAAAUUGCUACAUCUACUCCACAAAAUUUUGGUAACGAAAUAUCCAAUGCCAAAGCGUAUCAGUAUAGUGGUGAUUUAGCGCCUCCCACUGUUCCUAAAGGCCACGUAGUACCACCACCAUUAUAUUCGGCUCAGAUGUACCAAUCACCAGUUUUUUCGCACGGAAGUUCUUUGAUUCCUUCACAGAUGUUGGGCAGUCCGGUAAAUGGCUAUUCUCCGAGUACCCAAAUACAGAUGCUUGCAAAUGGAAAAUUCAUACUUAAAUCCGGUGAAGAAACUGAAAGUGAUGAAAACGAAUGAAGACUGUGAACUGCAUUCAACUAAACGACGACUUGGCAAGAACAAUGGAACCGAGCCUUGUGUGAGCGUAAAGCGCUUUUGUAUAUAACCCAAUAAAGCAAAACAAAUACAGAA